GCCAGCCGGGAAGGAGGAAGGCGGGCAGCAGCCCGGAGGCAUUCCUCAGCAGGCGCUUGGCAGAGCAGCAGCAUGGCCGCGAGUGAGUCCUGGCCCGGGGGGCGGCGGCGGGGGGAGCCUGGGGGACGGAUGCCGGUUCUGAGGAUGGGAAGGGGUGAGCCCAGGGGGAGAGGGAGAGGAGGGCCGGCUCCCACUCCGGGUGCCCGGGCCCCUUCUCCUCCCGCUGCUCCUGCGGGGUCCCCUCCCUGGGGAUUUCAGGGGCCGCAAGCAAGGAUGUCUCUGCUCUUCCACGGCUGGAGCCAGCAAUGCUUCUCUGGGAGUCCUUCUGGGCUCCAACCCUCUUGCUGGCUUCCCAUCAUGGGCAUCUAGUUGGCCACCAGCUGGGCUAAAUAGGCCCCUUCUGAUCCAGCAGCUACAGGGCUCUUCUUAGCUUCUUAUGGUUGCUAAAUGGAGCCUCCAUGGACAGAGGCAGUCUAGCUUAGAAUUGUGGAGAGCAAGAGUGGGAGAUGGUGGCUUUGGAGGUUCUUAAGCAGAGGUUGAAUGGCCACCUGCCAUGGAUACUUUAGUGGAGAUUCCUGCAUUGCAGGGGGUUGGGCUAGAUGACCUUUGGGGAUCCCUUCCAACUCUCUAUGGUCCUACCUGGGGCUUCCCAGAAGCAUUCAGCUGGCCACUGAGAGAACAGGAUGAGAUGGGCCCCUGGCCUGGCCCAGCAGUCUCCGCUGACGUCCUUUUGCUCUUUGGUAGAACUGCAGCUGGCGUUCAUCACUUGGCACAGCUCCAAGAACAACCUGCGGCACCGCACAGCGGAGAUGGGGGGCCAGCAGGUGAUUGCGCGGCGGGGGCAGCCCUUCACCAUCACCCUCCACUUCCAGGGUCGAGGCUACCUGCACGGAGACUCCCUGCACCUGAUUGCAGAGACAGGUAGGAGCAGGUGGGGAGGGAGAGGAAGGGGCUUGGCCUGGGGUCUCCAAUCCAUGAGAGGGGGGGAGAUACAAGACGAUUAGGCACCUGCAUGCAGGAGGGGGCUAUUGAAGGCUCUGCCUCCAGUCGGAGGCUGCAAAUGUUUCUGCACACCAGCUGCUAGAAGCCCCAGGAGGGAAAAGAACUCUUGAGCUCAAAUCCUGCUUGAUGGUUUCCCACAGACACUGGAGGCUGGACUAGGUGGGCCACUGGGGGCUCUUCUUCUGGCCCUCAGCCCUCACCACGUCCAGGGCAGCGCCAUCCUUCCUCUGAGGAGGACCUGCUGCAAGCCCCGAGGCCUCUUCUGGGUCCUGUGGUCUGCCUUGUCCACAGGGGUCUCUGCGCCCCUCCCUGUCUUCCAUCUGGACUGCCUGGCAAAUGCCGCCUGCCUGCGUGCCACCAGGCCUUAUGAGGAACGGUUGAGAGGAGAUCUGAGAGUCAUCUCCAAAUAUCUGAAGGGCUGUCACAUGAAAGAAGCUUGUUUUCUCCUGCUCUGGAUGGUAGGACUCGAACCCAUGCCUUCUAGCUGCAAGAAAUGGGAUUCCAACAUCAGGAAGAACUUUUGACAGUUAACAAUCUCCCUUGGGAUGUUGUGGACUCUCCUUCCUUGGAGGCUUUUAAAUAGAGGUCAGAUGGUCAUUUGCCCUCUAUGAUCUAGUUGAGAUUCCUGCAUUUCAGGGGGCUGGACCCCCAGGGACCAUUUUAUGAUUGCAGCCCUGAGUCCAAACAAGGCCAUUGGAGCACCUGGAGUGGGAAGCCCAGAGUUCUGCCUGCCAGCAGGUGCCAAGGGAGUCCCAGAUCCUGGCGGAGACCCAGAGGGGUCCUAUUGCCAGCAGCAGCAGCAGCUGAAAGGGUCUCGUUUAGCGGCAGCGGGUGCUGCAGACAAAAGCAGGGCCUCUAUUUUAUGUAUUCAUUAUUGUAUUUAUAUCCCACCCGUUUCUCCACGGAGCCCAAGGUCACACCCAAGGAGCUUCAUGGCUUUAUGGGGAUUUUAACCCUCGUCUCCCAGGUCUUAGUCCUCCUCCAAUCCCCACAACAGCCCUGUGAGGAAGGUUAGACUGAGACAGGCAGUGUCUGGCCCCAAAGGUCACCCCAGGAACGUCAUGGUUAAGUGUGGGGACUUGAACCCGCUCCCAGGUUGGGUCUCUGUUGCUCUACUGCAGUAGACAGCAUGGGGAGGGGCACGGUGGCCCACCAAGGGGCAGCCUCUGUGGGCAAGCCAGUUCCCACCUUCCACGGCAGUGAUGAUGAUGAUGGCAGCUCCCUUGCAGUCCAACUAGGCCAGCUCUUCCUGGCUGCUCAGUGCCCCAUUGGGCUGCCUUGACCUGGCAUGACCCCCUGCAAGAGACCCUCCAGCUCCCCUUGACUCCCCUCUUGCUCUGCAGGGCCUCAACCAGACCAGCAGGCAGGGACACAAUCCAUCUUCCCAGUGGGGCCAGGACAUCCAGACUCGAAGCGCGCCUGGAGAGCCACCGCCAGCGCCGCCAGCGGGCCCCGAUCCACGGACGUUGUUGUCUGGCCUCCGGCUGGGGCCCCCAUUGGGCGUUACCAGCUGAAGAUCCGCGUCGACUCCGACCACACCUCCAAGUUCUACUACCUGGGGGACUUCAUCCUGCUCUUCAAUGCCUGGUGCCCAGGUAGGGUGUGGGGAGACAUUUGGGCGGUUCCUUCAGACCCUGAACUGUGGGGUGGGUUUUAAUGGGUGGGAGAGAAGAUACUAAUUGCAGUUUACCCCUCUAGGCGCCCUCUCCAAUUGUAUUUCUGUGGUCUGGGUCGCUGCCUAUCAGCAAUGCAGCUCUGAGGACUCUGUUCCUUCUCAUGCUUUCUAGCAAGAACAGGCAUUUGUUAGCUUGGGCUGCUAAUCUCCCCCAACCCUGCCAGGGUCUAUUCCUUGCUCAGCGCUGCAGCGGAAGAGUCCUGGGUCUGCCUCUGGGGGCUUGGAGCAUCUCCCUGGGACCUGGGAGCACUGGGGGGGCCUUCCUGGGCAUCCGUUCAGUGGGAGGGAGCCUGGCAUUCCCCCCAGCAAUGGAGGGGAGUGGGGCCAGCACACCCAUGAGGCAAGGGGAGGCAACUGCCCCAGGCAGCAGGAUCCACAGGGGCCUGGAGGUGAGGCUGGGUCCCAGGAGGGGAAGGUGCCUCUCACAACCCUCCAAAGAAUCUCAGAAGAGCUUGCUGGAUCAGGCCCCUAUCCCGUUCUCACAGGGGCCAACCAGAUGCUCCAGUUGGGGAAACCCACAAGCAGAAGCAGAGCACCAGCGCAGCCCCUUCCCCUCCUGCGCGUUCAGAAGUGUUGCUGUCCCCAGCUGUGGAGGCAGAGCAGAGCUGCCUGGCUAGUGGCCCUCAAGAGCCCCUCUCUCCUCCCUGCCUCCUGGGGGAGGGGCUUCCCUACUCUGACCUGCCCCCUCCCCUGCCUCUCAGAUGAUGACGUUUACCUGGAGAGUGAGCUGGAGAGGGAGGAGUACGUCCUGAACGAGCAGGGCCUCAUCUACCAGGGAAACAAGAACUGGAUCCGCCCCGUUCCCUGGAACUUUGGGCAGGCAAGUACCUAAGGCGAACCCCGGUGCUGGAUCAGGCCAAUGACUCUAGCCCCAUCCUCACAGGGGCCAACCCAGUGGGCAGCCCAGUCAAGCAGCGCCUGAGACCAACCGCUUCUCCCAUUCUUGUUCACCACACUAAGGUAGAGUGGCUCUGGCCAUGGAAGCUCCAUUUAGGAAGGCAAAGUGCUGCAGCAGGUGCAGCCCACCUAGUCCAGGGCUGACUGAAGAUGGGGCUCCGAAGGCAUUACUGGACUUCCAGCCGACCUCUCCAUCCCUGACCACUGGCCUGGCUGGGACAGCUGGGAGUUGGAGUCCAGAAAGUGCAGGGGGAGAGCCACACCCACAAGCCCCAGCCAGGCAAGGCCCUGCCCUCCCUCCCUCCCUCCCUCCCCCAGUUCUCCUUGGCCCCUGCCCAGAAGAAGAACCUGGCCAGGCCAGGCCAAAGAGCAGCAAUGCAGCUGAGCCUGCAAUCGUCUGAGUUCGCUUUUCUUAGCUGCCUCACACCGAGUCAGGCCAUUGCUCCAUCUAGCUGAGUAUUGCCCACACUGACUGGCAGCAGCAGCGGCUCUCCGGGAUUUCAGGCAGGAGUCUCUCCCAGCCCCACCUGGAGCUGGAGACCUUCUGCAUGCUGAGCUGGCCGCCUUCUUUCUCCUCUUCCUCUGCAGUUUGAGGAGGGCAUUGUGGGCAUCUGCCUGAAGCUGUUGGACAGGAGCCUGCACUUCUUGCACGACCCGGGCAGGGAUUGCUCCUUGCGCAACAGCCCCGUCUACGUCAGCCGGGUGCUGAGCGCCAUGGUAAGAGCUGCUGGGACCACCCAGCGCUGUGGAACCCCCCCUCCCGAGGGCUGUUCCCUGAUCUGCUCAGGGUGGGGCUGGUGGGACCUUCUGAGAUGGGGGCCCAAAGCAGUUGGCUGGACUUGCCCUCAGCCAGGAGACAGUGCAAUGCAGAAUGCGCAAGAGGCAUCGCCUUCCCCCUGCCCCACGCCUGCCACCCAGGAAUACAGCGUACAAGCUGUUCCGGAUGGGGUUGCCAUAGCUUAUUCCGCUUAUAAAUCACUUCCAGAGAAGCACCUUGAAGCUGUUUCACAACACAGCAAAAACAAUUAAAAACCCUUUAAAAUUAAAAACAACUGCAUGUACACAGACAGUUUUCCUUCCCCCGGAAAGAGCAGGCACGUGGCAGGGGUGCUCCAGGCUCCCGUUUCGACUGCUGCAAUGCAUUGUGGGUAGGGCUGCCCUUGCAAGGUGCAGCUGCCAGGACAUUAACUGGUUGAGGAAAACACUGGUUUAGGACUCUGUUCUGUCUGAAACAAAAGAGGCUGGCUAAAGCCAUGUGGCUGGAGCAACCAGCUCAGAGCUCCUCACAUGGAGGGAGAGAGAAAAAACACAAAGGUUUGGUGACCCAAUUCCUCUCCAAGUGACAGGUGAUGACAUAGGCUGAGGCUGGCAGGGACAGCUGACUCUAUGGUUUAACCCCUUCAUGAACCAAUUAGGCUCAAACACACUAGAGUUAGGUAUAUGAGGCUGCAAGUUCAAAGUACUUUGGGAGGCUCAGUUGAGUGGCUGUGAGCUUGGCUUUGCCUGGAGGGGUCCUCUGGCACUCAUGGGGCUGCCUGCCCUCCCCCCCCCUCCAGAUCAACAGCAACGAUGACAACGGGGUCCUCCUGGGCAACUGGAGCGAGGACUAUUCCGGGGGCGUCCGCCCCACCGAGUGGAGUGGCAGCAUCGCCAUCUUGACCAAGUGGGACCACAGUGGGGGCCGGCCGGUCAAGUAUGGGCAGUGCUGGGUCUUUGCAGCCGUGAUGUGCACAGGUAGGGAUGGGGAGCAAUGCAUGCUGGGAGCAACUCCCCAGGGAAACGUGGAGGCCUCUGCUUCACCUGCAAAGCCAGAAGGGACAGUGCGGAGGGGACUGUCCAGCUACUAUUUGUCAAGAUCGUUGUGAAAUGAGAAGUAGCUGUAUUUUGAAUAGGAAAGUGAUAGGUUGCAUUUGGGAACAUGAACUUCCUCACCUAGCAAGGAAUUUAAGAAACACAGCAUUUUUCCUGACUGAAACCUCGUAGAGAGGUUGGUACUUUAAGGGGAGGUGGACGGAGGGGGGGCAGGUAGCAAUACACAGGGCAACUUUUAAAUACUGUCAGUGAAAGCAGGUGGCCCAUCUGAGCCAAAGGGAGAAGCAGGUGUGCCAGAUUUCCUUAGGGGAAAAAACAGGGGGUGGGGCGGCCAAAUAGUGGGCUGGAGAAAUGGACCCCCGAGUCCCCUGUGAUGCACACACACACAGAGAGAGAGACUUUACUCUUGGGGCCCAGAGACUGGCCCCAUGGGAAAUGGGGCAGAUAUGGGGGUCCCUGUAAGAGCCUCGCCCCAGCUGCUUUAUCACUGGAAGCUGAAGCUGCUGCUCCUCUCGCUAUUCACAUGCUCAGAGGCUAGUUACAGGAGCCAAGUACAGGAUCCCGGCAGAACUGGCACAGCCAUCCCUUCCCCGGUGGGGGGGGGGGGACAGCAGCACUUGGUUCCCCCAGCAGAAGCUGAAGGGCAGCAGGUGGGGAGGGGUCCCAGCUGCCCAGGACGGCACCCAGCUGCGCCCUCCUCUCCCCAGUGCUGCGAUGCCUCGGGAUCCCUUCACGAGUGGUGACCAACUUUGACUCGGGGCACGAGAAGGACGGGAACCUGAUUAUCGAUGUCUUCUAUGACAAGGCCGGGCACCUCCUGCCCACAGAGAGCAAGGACAGCAUCUGGUGAGAUGGGGCUGCCUCCUGGGGGGCCCUUUCCCCCUCCCGACUGCCAAAUCCUCGGGGGCCCCUUCUUCUCUGCAUCACAUGAUGGAGGGAGGACCACCCUGACUCAGGGGCUCCUUGCCGGGGAUGGAGUGAGGCAAGGGCUUUCCUUCCCAGGUGGCCUUUGACCUCAGAUCAAACCCAAGACUGGGCUCUUCUCUGCCCAAAGAGAGAUACAGCCCCAAGCGGAGGCUGGGGGGGACAUCUGUCAGGGAUGCUGUGAUUCCCCCCCCCCAUGAUGACCCCAGUGGUGCAUCUUACCACAAAGCACACCCCUCCCAGCUAGAGAGACCAUCUCUUUGGGCUCUGCUUGUCUUCUGCUGCAGGAACUUCCACGUGUGGAAUGAGUGCUGGAUGGAGCGCAGAGACCUUCCCCCCGGCUACCAUGGCUGGCAGGUCCUGGAUGCCACCCCCCAGGAGCGCAGCAAUGGUGCGUUUUCCCCGCUCCUCCUUCCAGCCUGGCCUGGGCUUGGCCUGACUGCUUCCCCAUCAUGCCUCUCUCUGUCUCUGGGGGACCUUGGUGGGCAGCCCCAUGAAGACGCUGAGCCAGUGGGUGGAAGCGGUGAAAAAGGCCAAUGUCAUGCUACAGAUCUUUAGGGAAGGAACGGGAAAUAAAACUCCCAAUAUCAUAACCUUAGAUUAUACCAGUCUAAGGUGCGACCACAUUUGGAGUACUAUGCACAGUUCUGGUCACCUACAGGAUAUUGUGGAGUUGGAAGAGGGUCAGAAAGGGCGACUGAACUGAUCCAGGGGGUGGAGCAACUGCCUUAUGCGGAAGGAAGCGCAGGGAUAUGGAUGGCUCCUGGCCAGGGUGGCCCUGCUCUGCCUCCACAGCAUCUGAAUUCCAGUUUGGGGAAGCCACAGGUGGGGAGGGGGCUCCUGCGCUCAGGUCCAGUUUGUGGACUCCCAGCUGUGAGAACAGGAUGCUGACCCGGAUGGGCCCCUGGCCUGAUCCAGCCCUGACAUUUCCCUUCCCUCCUGGCAGGGCUAUACUGCUGUGGGCCAGCCCCUGUCAGCGCCAUCCGGGAGGGAGACGUGGACGUGCGCUUCGAUGCCCCCUUUGUGUUCUCCAUGGUGAAUGCUGACCGUGUGGCUUGGCUGCUGGACGGGGCAAGGAAGGAGAAGCUCCAGUGGGACACCAGUGCUGUUGGGAACAACAUCAGCACCAAAUGCGUUGGGAGCGAUGAGCGGGAGGACAUCACCAGUGCCUACAAAUACCCAGAAGGUAGGGAGAUGGAGGAACCCACAGCCACCCAGAAAUGCGUCCUGCACCCGGCCAGCUGGCCUGACUCAGAAGUUGUAAUCUGGAUUCACCGUUCCUGCAGGCGGUUACAGAGGAGCAGAACAGAUUGUUCUGGCCUGGAGACAGAGCCGGUGGAGAGGCCUCUUGGCCAGCAGGCUCCUAAAUUGCAGGGUGCUAUUCCCUCAUCUGAAGGCUGUGAAAUUCUCAGCCAGCAUGUCUGAUCCUGCUUGUGAUGGUGGCAGCAAAGCGCCUUUAGUGGCUGGGGCACAGGGAAAGCAGGACGCCCAGGUUCCCUGGCUGCUAAGAGGCUGCCACAAGCACCUCGCGGGUGAGCCUGAGGGUUGCUGCACUGUCAAGGCUGGGCUGGGGCUGGGCUUUGUGGCGCACGAUUGUUCUUGCGAUUGGGUCUUCGAGGGCCUGGGGCCACAGGGAGGAAGCUGCCGCUGCAGGAAACCUCAAGCAGCCGGAGCACCAGCUGGGAGUGGCUUCUACGAGCUCUGCUCUAAAAAUCAGCAGCUGCAAAAUGCCUGCAAAAAGAUCCACAUGAAACCCCACAUGAGUGGGGUCAUCUGGAGUCCCUUGUCCGCAAUAUGCUGAUGACACACAGCUGUCCUUUACAUCUGCAGGUGGGCAGUGGAAGUGCUGGACUUGAUAAUAGUCUGGUCUUGAUAAUAGACUGGAUGAGCGCCAGCCAACUGAAGUUCACUCUGGAUCAGGGUGGUUCCCUAGACUGGAUGGCGGGGAGGUGGCCUUGAUGGAGUGGGUACGCAACUUGGAGGUACUUCUGGGUCAAGUGGUCUCAGUGGCCCAGAGUGCUUUCUAGCAGCUUCAUCUGGUGGCCCAGCUGCACCCUUCUGUGGCCUAUGCUCUGGAAACCUCUAGCUUAGAUGACCGCAACACAUUAUGCGUGGGGCUGCCUCUGAUGAGAGUUCAGAAACUUCAUCUGGUGCAGAAUGCGGUGGCCAAGUUGCUCACUGGGGCAAGAUGGUUGGAGCAUAUAAUGCCAAUCCUGACCCAACUGCUCUGGCUGCCAAUUUGUUUCCAGACCCAAUUCAAAGUGCUGGUGCUGACCUAUAAAUCCUUCAAUAACUCAGGAUAUGACUGCCCUGGACCCUGCGAUCAUCCUCUGAGGCCAUUCUUUGUGUGACUCCUUCCCGAGAGGUCCAGGGGGUGGAAACAUGAGAAAGGGCCUUUUCUGCAGUGGCUCCCUGCUCAUAGAAUGCUUCCCCCAGGGAGUCCCGCCUGGCGCCUUCAUUACAUGUCUUUAGGUGUUAGGCAGAAACAUUUCUCUUCUCCCGGGCCUUAGGCUGGUUAAACAACCUAUGGCUUUUUCAAGGUGUUACUGGUUUUUCUGCUUGUUUUUGUUACGUUAUGUAUUUUGUGUUUUUGUUUCGUAUCUUUAUGUUGUAAAAACUACCCUGUGAUAUUUGGAUGAAGGGCAGGCAGCUUAUAAAUUUAAUAAGUAAAUAAAAUAACAUAAAUAAGUUCAGGGCUGCUAACCUGCUGAUUCUGCUCUGCCUCCCUGGUGAGAGACAGGAACACAGUCCCAGUUGCUGGAAGCCGCGGGGGGGGGGGAGGGGGCUGCUCUUGUGCUCGGGGGUCCUGCUUGCUGGUUUCCCCUUGGGGCAUCUGCUUGGCCCCUGUGAGGAGAGGAGGCUGGACUAGGAGGGCCUCCCGGGGCCUCGUCCUGCAGGGAUCAAAGGCCUGGAAACGAUGCCUUAUGAGGAACGGCUAAGGGAGCUGGGCAUGUUUAGCCUGGAGAAGAGGAGGUUAAGGGGUGAUAUGAUAGCCAUGUUCAAAUAUAGAAAAGGAUGUCACAUAGAGGAGGGAGAAAGGUUGUUUUCUGCUGCUCCAGAGAAGCGGACACGGAGCAAUGGAUCCAAACUACACGAAAGAAGCUUCCACCUCAAACAUUAGGAAGAACUUCCUGACAGUAAGAGCUGUUCGACAGUGGAAUUUGCUGCCAUGGAGUGUGGUGGAGUCUCCUUCUUUGGAGGUCUUUAAGCAGAGGCUUGACAACCAUAUGUCAGGAGUGCUCUGAUGGUGUUUCCUGCUUGGCAGGGGGUUGGACUCGAUGGCCCUUGUGGUCUCUUCCAACUCUAGGAUUCUUUGAUUCUAUGAUCAUCUUAUGCAGACUGCAAGUAGGCUAGCAGAGAUCUGGUGCCUCUGAUGGCUCCCAAACUCCUCCGCCAGUGUGGUGUAGUGGUUAAGAGCGGUAGUCUCGUAAUCUGGGGAACCGGGUUCGCAUCUCCGCUCCUCCACCUGCAGCUGCUGGGUGACCUUGGGCCAGUCACACUUCUCUGAAGUCUCUCAGCCCCACUCACCUCACAGGGUGUCUGUUGUGGGGGAGGAAGGGAAAGGAGAAUGUCAGCCACUUUGAGACUCCUGAAGGGGAGUGAAAGGCGGGAUAUCAAAUCCAAAUCCAAACUCUUCCGCCCUUAGCCAAGCUCCGGACCCAGGGGGUGCGUGCCUCACCUCGUGCACUCACUGGCCUUGCCUUGUCCUUCCUCGCUCCCCACAGGCUCCCCGGCAGAGCGCCGUGUGUUCCUGAAGGCCCUCGGCCAGAGGCAGCCGCUCAGCCCCCCAGUGCGAUACAGGUCGGGAGUCCUUCCGGUUGCGUUCUCUGCCUCUGUGGAGGACAGGACCCGGGAGCCGCCGCCGGCCAUGGCCCAGACCUCUCUGAAGCUCCAGCUGGUGGAGAGUCCUGAGGUGGGCCAGGACAUCCAGCUGGUGCUGGCGGCCUGCAACCUGGAGUUUGUCCACAAGGAGCUCAAGCUGAGCCUCAGCGCCCAGUCCGUGCUGCACGAUGGCCACCCGCGGCCGCCCUUCUGGCAGGAGACCCUGUACCUCUCCCUCCGCCCCAGGGAAGGUAAGGCGAGCGGGAGGGGGAGCGGGCAGGCCUCCCGAGGCGCUGUCUCCGGGGGAAGGAGUGCCGCCCGCCUCUGACACGGGCCUCUUUGCAGAGACGGAGCUUCCCUGGACCAUCUCCUACCAGCAGUACGGGCAGCAGCUGGGAGAGGAUAAGCAGCUUCGCGUCAUCGCGCUGGGCGAGGAGAACACUACCUGGCUGAAGACCCUGGCAGAGAAAACCAUCACCAUGGCCAGCCCCAGCCUGGACAUCCACGUAGGCACAUCGCCUCUGGGUUGGCGGGGGUGGCACAGUGGGCUGCUCACCUGGGAGAUGGGACAGCUACUGUGGGGUCGAGUGCAGGUUUUCCAAAGGCUCUGUUCCUGGGGGCAAAGGAGCCAAGACACAUGACCGGCUCCCUCCCUGGCACACACCUUGCAACCCACGUGCCUCCCUCCGAUGUGGUUUGGGUGGGCUAAAGCCAUGCAGGCUCAGCAAGAAACAUCCCAGCCUUCUUCAAAGUGGGGAACAAGCUUGCCCCCCCCCACCGCCCAAGUUUCAGGCCAGGCAAAGAGAGGGCUGGGGGGUGGGCACCUGUCCCAAAGAGCCCCACUCCCUUCUGCUCCUAACCGCUUGGUCCUUGGCACAGGUAUUGGCCUCCGUGGUGGUGAACCAGCCCUUCCCGAUCCAGGUGGUGUUUGCCAACCCCCUUUCGGAGCCCGUGGGCAACUGCGUCUUGACCAUGGAAGGCAGUGGGCUGGUGAAGGGCCAGCCCCAGAUACAGUGAGUAAGGGGGCAGGGGGGCAGGAAGGCUGGUUGCAACUCAUCCCUCCAGGCGCCCACAUGCAUGGGGUGAACAGUUUCAAAAUCCCAUCCUUGGCAGCAAAAUUUAAAAUCACAGACUGUAAAACUUUGUUCAGGCAACAACUUGGGAAGGAAGUAAAAUAAGACUUACUUACUUUAUAACCAUGCACUGGAUCACAGCAAAAGCAAUAAUAAAAGCUAUGCAAGCAAAAUACUUACAUUUACAGUAUAACCAGCUGGCAUCUGCCUGGCACAGGCAACAUUUGCCCUCUUUGUGGUCAAAGGAAGAGAGAGGAAGAGAAAGUACUCUAUGCUCCUCCCUCUCCUAGAGAGGAGGGGAAAUGGCAUCACACAGAGCCCUCUCUACCAAUUGUAUUUCUAUGGUCUGAGUCUCUGCCUGUCAGCAAUACAUCUCGGUGCUCUUAGCUCCUUCUCCGGCUAACUAGCAGGAAGAGGCAUUUGUGAGGUUUGGCUGCUGCCCCCUUGGGGGAGGCUUCCACUCCCAGCGCCUGAUCUCCUGGAGGAAGUGCAGGCCAAAGGAUGACUGGGGAGCAACGCAGUCAGUUCACAGUUCUGCGUCUCUGCUGCUUGGGAGAUCUUUGGGGCAGGAUCCUCCCCCUGCUCCAUGGGUGUGUGAAUCUGCACGUGGCCCCUUCUCCUUCCCCGUCCACUGCCAGCUCUGGAGCCAUUUCUGAGCAGGAGCAUCCCUGGAAGUCAGGGGCCCAGCAACACAUUCAGUUGCCUCUCUGGCACCGUGGAACUACGAACAGCAGAGAGACCUACAAGCAGGAAAAUAUGUGCCUAAAGAGUCUUUAGAAAAAAAGGAAUAAGCAACCAUACAAACUGGAAGAUUUAGCAUCCUUUCUGAUUUACAGGAGCGUAGCAUUGGGGGCCAAAGCCUUUGUUGCCAGUCAGGGAGGGAGAGGAGAAGGCCACGAAGACCCUCUCCCACAGGGGCCUCCAUAUAUCUUCCUGCUCUUUGGUCAAGAGGUUGGAUGGCCACCUGUCAGGGACAGAAUCAGAGUUGGAACUGUAGAGUUGGAAGGGACCCCUGAGGGUCAUCUAGUCCAACCCCCUGCAAUUCAGGAAUCUCAACUGAAGCAUCCUUGAUGACAGAUGAUUUAUUUAUUUUCUCCACUUCAGGGGGUUGGACUAGAUGACUCUUAGGUUUCAUUCCAGCUUUACGCUGCUAUGGUUUAUGCCUCCUUGGCACUGUGAGUGCCCCCCUCCCCUCCCCCGGCCAUUUGGGGCUCAUCACUGCCUCAGAGCUGGUAAGAAAGGAAAGUGUGCCGUCCCUUUGGUCUCCUCCCUGCCAGGCUCUUCUUCUCUUUGCAGGUUGGGGCCCCUGGGCCCCCGGAAGCAGACCAGCGUCCGGCUCCAGCUGACGCCCUACAAGAGCGGCCCCCGGCAGCUGCACGUCACACUCAAGAGCAGCCAGUUCCCCCCAGUCAAGGGCCACAAGCAGCUGCAAGUGGCCCCCCGCUCGGGAUGGAGGUGUCGCAGGGACUGACUAAGCCGGAACCCCCGGCAGCGCCUGGAGGGCCACGACUGCUCAGACCCCCUUUGCCCCCUCCUAUAAAAGUCUGCAUUCCCAUCCGUCGCCGUCGCUUCGCCGGUUCCUUCUGCCGCCGCAGACCCCCGUCCAGGCAGGCAGCAGUCCUUCCGGGGAAGACGCCUCGCUAUCCUGCGCCCCAGUCCCGCGCAGACACACCGUCGCUCGUAGGGAUAGAGACACUUACCGUAAUUGUUCAAUCAAUGUCAUAAAAAACUGCGGCUUACAAAGAGAAUAAAACAAUUAGGCUGUCAAUAAAAGCAACUCUUUAGAACAUAAAAUCGGCAAUAAACUAACGCGUGUGCACAGGCUUUCCUGAACCAGAAUGUCUUGCGCACCCUGCUCUCCCCAGCGAUGCGAGAGAGGGCGGCGAAGGCGCCUGCCUGAGGUCAAGGGGCAGGGAGUUCCAGAGGGUAAAUGCUGCCGCACUAAGCGAUCGGCUUUUUAGAAAUGCAUGACAGUUUGCGCGGCGCCACCUGCUCUUUGUGGCCUGCAGGGAACACACCUGAGCCGCGUCCCGCGAAUGGGAAAAACCACACGAAGCGUGAGAAAG